AGUGUCUUAUCAAAAAUUACAAACAUGGCAGCAAUUGAUGUUGAUAUAAAGGCGUAUAAAAAGUCCAUUGAUAUCAACUUUCACCAGCUCAGCUAUAUUACGCCGGGUAAAAAAUCUACGAAAAUUCUCCAUGACAUUUCGGGAAAAUUCGAAUCUGGAAAAUUGACGGCAAUUCUAGGACCAUCAGGAGCUGGAAAAACUACACUACUUAAUAUCCUGACAGGUUUUAAAUCUAAAGGAGUUGAAGGCAGUAUUCUUAUAAAUGGAGCUCCAAGAGACAAGAAUGAUUUUCGCAACAAAUCCUCGUAUAUCCUACAAAAUUUCCCAAUGCUGGGAAAUCUAACGACCCUGGAGACCCUAAAAAUUGCCGCCGAUUUGAAGCUUCCAGUUAAAAUUUCAACUGAAGUUAAGCAGAAAGUUAUCUAUGACAUCACUCAACUCCUAGGCUUGGAUAAAUGCCUCAAUACUCGAGUUAAGAAGCUUUCGGGUGGAGAACAGAAACGUCUUUCAAUUGGAGUUGAACUCGUCACGAACCCACCUGUUAUGUUCUUCGAUGAACCCACAAGCGGCCUAGAUAGUGUAUCCUGCGUUCAGGUAGUGACACACUUGAGGGAAUUGGCGCAUUCCGGAAGAACUGUGAUCUGUGUCAUCCAUCAACCCUCUUCACGUAUUCUUGAGCUUUUUGAUGAUAUCUACGUCCUUUCUGAAGGCCAUUGUAUCUACAGUGGACCCGUUGAUGGGGUCAUUUCAGCCCUAAAAGAAGCCGGCUAUGAAUGUCCUCAAUACUACAACCGUGCGGAUUUUGCUCUCGAAGUUGCAAGUCAGGAUCGUGAGGGGAGCUUUGAAGCUCUUCUUGAGAGUCAGAGGAAUAAGUAUCCGCUGCCCUUGCAAGAUCCUGAUGAUUCUAGCAAUGAAGUCACCUACGUUACGAAAUCUAAAUCAUCUGGAGGAAAGCAGAAACUUGUGCAGAAGACUCAAAAGCUCAUGUACCCAAUAUCUGGAUGGAAUCAAUUUCUUGUUCUAUCAAGAAGAUCCCUGCUUUGCACCUAUCGGGACUUUUUCUUUGCUCAGCUGAGAGUAAUCAGUCACAUUUUUGUUGGGAUUCUUCUUGGACUCGUUUUCUUUGACAUUGGCUCGUAUGCAUCAAAAGUAUUGACCAACAUCUCAUGUUUAUUCUUCUUCCUUCUCUUUAUCUUCUUCGGAAACGCUAUGCCUACUGCUUUAUCAUAUCCAUCAGAAGCAUCUGUUUUUCUGCGUGAACAUCUCAACAAUUGGUACUCUUUAGGAUCAUAUUUUGCAUCCAAGAUUAUAGCAGAUCUUCCGUUGCAAAUUAUCUGUCCAUCUGUGUUCAUCCUCAUUGGGUAUUUUCUGUCUGGGCAGCCAAAGGAAGAGGAUCGUUUUGCCAUGAUGUGGCUUAUUUGUCUCCUUACUGCUAUAAGUGCGCAGGCUAUGGGAUUACUAGCAGGAGCAGCCUUCAGUGUUCAAGUGGGCAUUUUCUUAAUUCCUGCUUCAUGCAUCCCUAUGCUGGUCUUCUCAGGAUACUUUAUCCGUUUCAGUGAACUCUACUUUAUGUUCAAACCACUUAGCUACGUAUCCUUAUUCCGUUACUGCUUCGAAGGAUCAAUGCAGGCAAUUUAUGGCUUUGAUCGAGGAAAUCUCACGUGUCCCGAUCCCUUCUGUUACUACAAAAGUGGAGAGAAAAUACUCAAAAUAAUGGACAUGGCGGAGAAUAGGUUUGCAGGGGAUGUUCUAGCUCUUAUACUGUGGGCUGUUCUCUGUCAAAUUGGAGUCUACAUAGCUCUGAAAAUUCGUUUACGACGAUCAGGAUGAGAUUUUUACAUCAAACGAUAAAAACUUCAUCUUUUGCAUAUUGUAAAAAAAGGAAAAAUCAUGCAAUAUUUUAUUAAUAAUUAAUUCCUUUUUAUUAAUGUUUUUUUGUUACAUUUAUACAGACAGAAUAUUUAUGGUAAAAAGUUUUCCGAAGGUCAUCUAUUCAUUUCUUGUUAGAUUUAGUUAGAGAAGAUUUUUUUAAAAAAACUAUUUUGCAAUGUUUUUGUAUUCAUUUUUUUUUAUUAGAGAAUAAAAAGAGUUUAAAAAUAAAUCAAAAA